AUGGACAUUGCGCUAGGUAUAAGGGUUAAGGACUCAGUGAUAGUAGCGACCUCGAAAGCGGUAAGUCGAGGCAUUUCUGUACUCAAGGCCGAUGACGAUAAAACAAGACAACUUUCUGAACACAACCUGAUGGCUUUCAACGGGGAAGCGGGCGAUUCUGUUCAGUUCGCCGAGUACAUCCAGGCAAACAUUCAAUUGUAUUCCAUCAGAGAAAAUUACGAAUUGUCACCUCAAGCAGUAUCCAGUUUUGUGAGACAGGAACUGGCAAAAUCAAUCCGCUCCAGAAAACCGUACCAGGUGAACGUCCUGCUUGCGGGUUACGACAUACACAACGACAAAACUGAGCUAUUCCAGAUCGACUAUUUAGGCACGAAAGUGGAACUUCCCUACGCUGCCCAUGGUUACUCCGGAUUCUACACCUUCUCUUUACUUGAUCGUCACUAUCGACCCGACAUGACGCAACAGGAGGGUCUCGAGCUGUUGAAGCUGUGCGUGGAGGAGCUUGAACGUAGAAUGCCGAUGGAUUUCAAAGGCGUUCUGGUCAAGGUGGUUGACAAAGACGGGUGUCGGGAAAUAGCCGACUGGUAA